CUUCAACCUCCAAUCUACUUGCUCGGCCUUCAACAAUGGAAGCUCUAAGCCCAGCAACCCCUUACACUCCGAAAUCGACGAACCCGAAUCCCCAGACUCCGACACAAAGCCCAUCACCAUUAGCAGCGUCGUCUGCUCGGCUGUGGAGGCCCACCGCGCAGCGCAACCUGAGAAACCAGUGGUCCAAGCUAGCUUCUUUGAGACAACAAUGGGAGUCUGCUUCUUCUAGCGGAAGAGCAUACGCAACGUUGCUCGUAAACUCCUACCUUUCCAUCAAGUACAUGCCUUCAAGGGAGUUGGGGGUUCUCAGCGACAUGCCGGAUAUACUAAAGAAAGCUUCACAGAAAUUGCUUAAGCAGCAGGAACUUCAUCGGAGCAAGCUUUUAUCAUCAUACAAGGACAUGGUGUCUGUUGUAACUAAUAUGGUCAAAACUAGUAGAUCCAUGAGAUGCUUUGUCAAAGGGUCGAGCAAUAGUCCACUUUUACAAUUUUCUGGCUAUUCCGAAUGUAAUAAUGACCCUGGAGAUGGUGGUGGGAUUCCAGUCUUCACAUUUUGGUCGAUCUCUUGCUUUGAGAAAGUGGCGGAGGAGCUUGUCCAUAUGCUUAUAUUGGAACUAAAUUUGAAGCGUUUGCUUGUCGUGGACUUACUGUCAGUUAGUUGCAAAGUUCCAACGGCAAACAGUUUGCAUUGGUCUGAAGAGCUUUAUCCAGGAGAAUUUGGUGAUUUGAGUAUGUGCAACUUAUUAUCUGAGGAAACUUGCAAACCAGUCUAUCCAAGAUUGAAUGGUCAGAAAUCUGAUAAGCCAACUAUUCGACGUAAUCAUCAGCAGCCGGAUCAUGAUGUUUUGCAGGUUUAUCUAACAACAUGGCGCAUAGAGGUGAACAUUGAUACUCACAGGUUCCAUUUGUUUCUUCUCUUUUUCUGAUAGGGUGGAUGAAAUAUUUGCUGAAGUUGGGGAGGAAAUACACUGUAGACUUUCAUGAGCAGACACGCUGGAAGAGUUGUUGAGUAGAGUGCUUGUUUUUCUGAUAGGCUGAAGAUCUGAUGCUUGUAUGCUGCCUUGUACUCGUAAAGAGGGAAUAUGCUUGAAAAUACUAGAAGCUGGAUUUUGCGAAAGUCCCAGAGGCCGGAGUGGAUUGCGACAGCGUCUACAGAGGUCAGCGGAUUGCUGAUAAAUGGGAGUGCAACUUGAAGUAUUUAUCUUGUAACUUCAGUUAAUAUGUUAUGGUAUGAGCAACAAUGCUUGAUGAAUUCCCAUGCUUGUAGUUACGAAGAGUUCUCAAAAUCACUUUAUUUAUACUCUCUUGCUUUUAAAGAAAUCUCCAUAUAAGUCGCACCGGGUGCUCUCAAGCUCAUUUUAAACUUUCUGGCGUCUUGUUUCAGUAAUUAAUUCUGAUGUAAAAACGAAAAGAACGAUAGAUUUUGGUUAGCAUUUAGCAUUACAUAUGAGAUAAAUCU